AAUGCCGCCAAAAAAGAAAAGGGAACCAAGGCUCCAGAGAAAGUUGAGGAGGAUCUGGACCCCCUUCCGCAGCCGCCAAACGUUUUUCUCUACGUCCAGCUGGCUAACAUUGAAAAUCUGCCGGUUUCCGGCUAUCCGCUGGAGAUUCACAUUAGCCAGGACGAGAGUGUGAUCGUCAAAUGCGUGGAACACUACAAUGUAGAUGGAAUUAUACCCGAAGCAGAGUUUCUCUCCAAGCCUACCUUCACGCUGAUCUUCCAGCAGGACAAUGUGGAUCGGAUGAACAUUGCUGCCGAUAAUCCGCUGCUUAUCCAGUUGUACAUGCGCGUGAUUCCGCGGGCUCCGACCAUGGACACGGACGAGGAACAGUUCUUCGUCGAGGAAGAAGUGGAGGCGGAGUCCGAUGUGGCCCUGUCUCUGAAGAGGAUCAUUGAGGUGGAAGAAGAGAUCCUUUCAAUGGAGCCGGAAAGACUGGAGCUGCUAAGUGUGGGCUACCUGGAUGUGAUCAAAUUGUUCGGUCACCGGCGGAGCAUGAUCAUCGAACAGCUCUUUCUGUACCCCAUGCCAGAUGUGCCCGACGAGCUGCGCUCCACCGUCCAUUCGGAAUGGCACCUGUACACUCUCCUGCCGAUUGCCAAGGAGCUCUCUUUCACCAACAUGGCCUUUGUGACAUUCGAGAGCAUCUACAACUUGUGGGAGGAGUACCAACUGAAUGUGGAGUCGAUGACCGUGCGAUUGAGCUUCCGCUCCAGGUUGCAGGGCGAUCGGAACGACUUCCAACUUAUCCCGCUCUGCGAGUUCAGCCAUCUGGAGCGAAAGAUCAUCAGCAUGCAGGACGCCCACCUAGUAUUUGAGUCGUUUCGCCGCUCUAUGGAUGUGCCGAACGUCACUGGCUUGAAGACCGGCCUUCACUUGGAGAUGUUUAAGCUCUUCUCGGGACUUUCAUGCACCGAAGGAAUGACGGUGGCCUUUUCUGGUAUCGAUCUGCACUACGAUGAGGCCCUUGUCUGCAACUCCUUCCACCGCUACAUUCUCACCCAGAACAUGGCCGAUGCUCUGUCGCAAGCUGUUAUAUGUCAGCAGUAUGUGAUAGCGGUAGAUGUUUUUCAAACUAUUGGAUCUGCUAAGCCCCAAAAGGUUUUCCAAGGAGUCCUGGAUCCAUCCAUAAUGGUAUUCCCGGAAAUGCAAAACAUGAGGUUCGCCGUCCAACUGGAAUAUUUGGGAAAGUUGAGGCCUCCUACAAAGAACCAGACCCAAUUGAGCCUGGGCAGCGCAAGGCGUACGAUGAGUAAUUCCAAUCCUAACCAUCAACCCACAUUCGCCAUCAUUAGGCUGUGUUUUCUGGCGCCGAUCGGAGAGAUUUACAAUGAGCUGAAGGUGUUCCGCGAGAGCUUUGUCAUGCAGAAUCGUCUUCUCUCCUGCCACCAUCCGUACCAGCAGAGUAAAGUGAUGCCACUGGCCGCCAUCCAGCAAGAAGCCUAUGGCCGUUUCGAGUCGUUUGUCCGCGGCUGCAUCAGCUUUAUUGUGGAAAAGAAUGUGAGGCAAAUAGAGGAUCGCAAGCAGUACUUUUGUUGUGCCGUCCAGAACCUGACGAACAUCCUCUUGAAAUUGGUGGGCAGUGUGUACAACACACGAAUCCCAACAAAGACCAGCGCGGAGUUUUCGAAUCUCUGCGCCUUGGUAUACAAUGAACUGGAGCCGCGGAUCUAUUCCCUGGUGGAGCAGGCUCAGAACGAAGGCUUUGAAAGUUAUGCGACCAAAAAGGAAGUGCAGAUCGCUCGGAUCAUCGACCACAUGAACGCAAUCAAACUGCUGAGUACGGUGAAUGAUGAGCCUUUCGCGAGCCUUUUACUCGAGAAGAUUACCGGAGAGUUCCCCAGUGAAGAUGGCUUCCAUUUCUUCAUGCUUAUCGCGCACAUGGAAAGUGGCGAGUACGACAAGGCGAAGGCGUACUUCACCAAGAGUCACAUGGCGGACAACCACGACUAUUUAGCGGGCUGGAUUAAGUUGUAUAUCAACUACGUGGACUCACGCGAGAAUCCGGAAACCGCGGCCGACUGCACCGAGUGUCUUCUGCGGAGCAUAGAACUGUUUGCAGAUAUGCAUCCGCACCAACAGGAGGCCUGGAUUCUUCUCUACUGCUAUUACAAGCAGUUCAAUUACGAGCCUGGCUGCGCCUACGCCCGCUGGCGCUUCGAGGAUCAGCGGGUGCGUACCCAGUACACCUUUCCCUCGGUCCCGGAAAGCAUUUGGAGCAUCUACCUCCCCCUUGAGCCGAGCUUUGCAUCCCCGAAGGGCAACUUCUUCUUCCAAGUCUUUAUGAGCUUUGUGCGCUUGGGCCUCUACGAGUUUGCAAAGGUUGUCUUCGCCAGCGUGGAGCAUCUAUGUAGUGAAGCGGAUCGAUACAUGAUAAACACCCAAAUGGACGUCCUGCUCAACCAAUUGGAUGGAAACUUGAAGCUAAAAACGUUCAAGUUCGGAGAUGGCGAUCAAGCAAGUCAAAUGGCUGCUCUGAAUGCACAGGUAAAUGGAAAUGCUGAGUACUUCAGAGGGAACUUGGAGGCGGCGGCUCGCUACUACGAAACCUGCCUGACCCUGUCACCUACAGAGGGGAUCGAACGCGACUGCUUUCAAGUGAGCAAAAUCCGGCUGGCCUACAUAUCGUACGAUAUGGGCCAAUAUAUGCAGUGCCUCCAGGCGCUGGAGGGACAGUUCAUGGGUAAACUCCUGCCCCUGGUGACCAACUACCUAAUGGGCAAGUCGUACUAUAAGAUGGACAACCUGGAGAUGGCCCGUGAGUGCUUCGCCAACAGCACGAGGGGAGAAAGCCAUAUACCAAAUGUGUGGGGCUUCCUGGCGCUGAUAAACUUGCGACUAGGAGAGAACUUUAAGGCAAUAGAAUGUUGGAAAUAUGCAAAGAUAGAGCCCAGCUAUGGCAUUAGUGACCAAAUGAUAUUCGAUGAACUGGAAGCCAUCGACUAUGACUCCGUUGACUUGUAUAUAGACAGACCGGCGAAGAUCCCCGACUAUAUCGUGGAGGAUACCCAGAGCAUGUUAUGACCGAAAUCAAUCAUAUUAUUUGUAUAUAUAUUUUAUUUGUGUAUGUUUCGAGCGGAGUGCGGUGAGUGCUAGAGAAUCCAUAAAAUCCAACAUUUCAUGUGGCA